CCUCGUGGGAGACCUCGCAAAUCCAACAUACUUCAAAACCAAUCUCAGCAUGUAUCGGCUAUGCUGCCUCAUACUUUACAUGAUCAUGUCAUGUCUUCAGGUCUCAUUGAACCUGUUUUGGGAAUACCACUGAGGUAUGAAAAUUGGUACAUCAAUUCAAUUAUCAUUUUGUAGUUAACAUGUCGUCCGUCUUGAACACAAAUAAUACAUGUUGCGUGUGAAUCAUACAAAGAUGUUGCAUUUACUUUUAUUCUUGCAAUGAAAACAACAGUUUCGAAUUAGCAUACUUCAUAUGGAAUUUUUGCAUCACUGCUUGCGUAUAAGCUAUACAUAUUUGUGUUUACGCACAACAACUCUUAAACCCUCUCGUGGUCCUCAAAGAAAAUCUUUUGGAGUUCCACAUCUAGCAAUGAAUCUUACACGACAUGUUCCGAAAAUCAUCAUAGACACACUUCAUGAAGUUAAUGUUAGCCAACAAGGAUGCUUCUCACACGAUAGGCAAUCCCGCAAUGAGCACUCGAAGCCUGUUUUACAGGUGAAAGAACAUUCUGCAAGAGCCCCACUACUGUGUCCUAUUUUUACACCAACGAUGAAUGAAGAUUUUAAUAGAGACAAUGAUGAUAAUUCCGACUAUGAUCCUUUUAUAAGUAAGUGGGAUGACUUAUGUUUUCACUCGGUAUUUUACAUAACAAUUGUGUGCAACUACAUCCACAUAUCCAUAGUUUUAUUUCGUAUUGCAUUGUUCAUACAGCUUGUGUGUACAUAACCACAAUCCUCAUUCAACUCAAAAUACCAUGACUUUUGGGUUUAGUAUUAUCCCUUAUUAUUUAAUUUAUACUUUUUAACAAUUUGUAUUCAAUAUAUUUUAGCUCAUCAAUAUGAGGAUCAAUCAAGUUCUAAUUGGGAGGAUCAAGAACCACCAUUUUCAAUUAGUGGGGAUUGUCCAACACCUUCGGAAGAUUAUUCCUAUUCUAACUACAGAUUUCUAUUUUACCAUACUUUUUCAUUUAUAACACUUUAAUUUUAUACGUAGAAUAUUACGACAUUGGGGAUCCUCUGAUCGAGUGUUGUUAUUGUAAAACCUCAACAUGGAAUCAAGAGAGAAUGAACAAAAAUAGUCAUUCUGCCAAUCCUAAAUUUUCAUUAUGUUGUGGCAACGGAAAGGUGCAACUCCCUUUACUUAAACAACCACCAGAGUUACUAUCACAUCUCCUGUUUGAUGAAGACAGUAUAGUUAGCAGAAGUUUCAACAACAAAUUCGCAUUUGCAACAUGAUGUUUGCAUUCACAUCACCAGGUGCAAAGUUGGAUACUCGAUUUAACAAUGGAGGUGGUCUACCUACAUUACGGAUCCAAGGUCAAUCGUGUCAUCGAAUUAGAAGUUUGCUUCCCCCUGAAGGACAACCACCUAAAUUUUCACAUCU